AUGGCGAAAGAUCCGCUCGACGAAAUGCUACAAUUUUUAAAGCCUGAAUCUAGAAUUGAUUUAAAACAUAUAUCUUUAGAUCAUUUAUUAGGACUAUCUGGUACAGAAGAUGGAAUACAACUAUUGCUAAAAAAUGAAAGAAUUAUUCAGAGUGUUAUAGAACUAACAGAUGAUAAAAUUGAAGAAAUAUGCAAAAACGCGUUGUUAUUACUUGUUAAUAUUACUGCUAGUGCUAAGGGUGCGGCUGAGCUACUAAAGUAUAGACCUGAACACAAAAAAAACAUAAUAGAAUUAUUUAUAGGUUAUAUAAUGGACCAACAUAAAAAAGAUGCGGAUGCUGCAUGUAUGGUCUUAUCAAAUAUCACUAGAGAAGAGAAUUUAGUAAAUAUAUGUAUAGACACAUUCCUGCCGCAUUUAAAUGGCAUAUUUAAUGUUUUUGUUAAUGUAGAAUAUAACAAAAAGGGUUCCAAGCUUCACUAUUUAGCGCCAAUGAUAAGUAAUUUAAGCUCUUCGGCAAGAAUAAGAAAGUGGUUGACAGAAGAAAACCCGUAUAUGCCUUUAAUAAAACUAUUACCUUUUUGCAAUUAUGAGGAAUCAGUUAUUAGAAGAGGUGGUGCUAUAGGUACAAUAAGGAAUCUAUCAUUUGAUACAGAAUAUCAUGAAUUUUUAUUGAGUCAUGACUUAGAUUUACUUACAUAUUUAUUAUCACCUUUGAUGGGAAAUGAAGAAUAUCCUGAUGAAGAAAUGGAUAAGCUGCCUAUAGCCUUACAAUAUUUACCGAAAGAAAAAAAAAGGGAAAUUGAUAUAGAUAUUAGAAAAAUGAUUAUUGAAACACUAAACAAAUUGUGUGCUAAAAGAAGUUGUCGAGAAAUUCUAAGAGAUAAUGGAGUUUAUUAUGUGUUAAGGGAGUAUCAUAAGUGGGAAAAAGAUCCGGCAGCUUUACUCGCUUGUGAAAAUGUAGUAGAUAUAUUGAUUCAGAAAGAGGAAGAAGUUGGGGCAGAAGAUUUAUCGAAGGUUGAAGUUCCAGUCGAUAUGAUAGGAAAGUUUUAUAAAAUGGACGAUAGCUAUAUAAAAGAUUUGCAA